AUGGAUAGAAAAGACAAACUCAACAAGUUCUUCAAUCAGACAGUGCUCGGGAAGCUCAAGAUAAACCCAAACACUUCUCGCCAGUUCCUCGAGGCCGUCUGCGCUCAGCCCGACCCCGUUGUGUGCCUCGGUAAACUCGUUUCUGACCCCCAAGCUCUCGAAAACAUUCAAUCUGCCAUGUCAUUUGAUGUCUCCCCUCAGUUCCUUAACAAUCACGGCGCGGCCCUACUUACGUACCUUUUUGGAGACCCUACACUGAAGCAGCUCAGUGGGGGCGACAUCCUCAACAAGGUCGUCGGCAGGAUUAUUGGAGCGCCACUCCUCUGGCCUUCCCUCGUCCAGUUGUUCAGGCGUGGGCUCCUUGCGGAACAAGCCGAGAUCGGGUUCGCUCAGCUGCUUCUCCACCUGAUAACCACAUCGGGUGACCAGGCAGCGAGCUACCGCGAUCUAGCCAAGGAGCCCGGUAUUCUUGAGCGGUUCAGCGAUUCAACCGUCCAGGACGUCAAGUCCAUAUCCCACAAAAUCCGCCACAUUCUCUCUACAUACGAUACAGACGUACCGGAGGACUACGAGGAGGGGCCGGGCGGUCGGCACGACAAUGACUUUGCAGACUUCCGCAAGAUAACCAUCCUUCCCACCCCACAGGAGAUCGCGUGUCAGAAGGACCCUUUCCUCCGCAGGAGUGCAGAGCUCGAAGAUCCAGCAACAGUUACUACGCGACUCGCUCACUAUAUCGAUAACCAAUUUCGGCUCAAUCGUGAUGACCUUAUCUACGACGUCCGCGAAGAGCUUAGCGCAGCGAGAGGAGAAAAGCAGCGCAAGCAUCGUGCUUUCAGUACUUUUGUCCAUCUUGCCGGCACCUUCACCGGGAACGUCGACCGGCGUCUUCGUUGGGCGCUCGUCUUCAGAUGCACUCAAGACCUCCAUCAGUUUCAUUCCUAUAAAAUCUCAGACAGGGACAGACGCAGCUUUCUCCAAGACCAUCCUGCAGGAAGCAAGAUACUUCGACGUCAGUCACUUGCAUGCAUUAUUGUCAAUGGACAACCGGUCUCUCUCUCCACCGUCUAUCGUGACGAGGAGCUCCUCGCACGCAAGCCACCCCAUAUCAUCCUACAGCUUGAGGGUGAGGCAACGGUUGUUCAUACUCUCAUCAAGCUCCGCCUCGCCCGCAAAGAUCUUCGGGCGGUCUGCCCAGAUGUGCUACUUGUGGAGGAAGCAGGGGAAAUACUCGAGAGCCAUAUUCUUGCUGCACUCGGGUCAACUACCAAGCAUCUUAUUCUCAUUGGCGAUCACAAGUACGUGUCAUGUUGGACGCAGAUCAAUCUUAAAGCUAAAGAUCGGUUGAAUUUCAGACAGCUCCGCCCAAAAGUCAACAACUACUUGCUGACGGUUGAAAAAGGCGCAGGCUUUGAUCUUAACCGCUCUCUCUUCGAGCGGCUGGUCCUCAAGGAUUACCCUCAUCAUACGCUUUCGUCCCAGCACCACGAGGCUCAAGACAUUGCUGAUCGAAAAGACUUAUCCUCUACGUCGUCGAAGCAGAACAGUCAUGAAGUUGACAUGGUCCUCAAAAUCGUCAAGUACUUGGCACAGCAGGGUUACAGCACCGACAAGAUGGUUGUAUUGACACCAUACCUUGGCCAGCUACACAAGCUACGCGAGGUACUGAAGAAUGAAGCCGAUCCACUUCUGAACGACUUGGAUUCGCAUGACCUUGUCAAAGCAGGGCUGCUGUACGCUUCCGCUUCAGACGUCACUAAGGCACGUCUUCGUCUCGCUACAAUCGACAAUUACCAGGGGGAGGAAAGCCCACUCGUAAUCGUCAGCCUGACGAGGAGCAACUCCGACAAUGACAUCGGGUUCAUGAUGUCGCCUGAACGCUUGAAUGUUCUACUCUCUCGCGCCAGAGACGGUCUUUUCAUUAUUGGAAACGCCAAUACCUUCAUGCGUUCGCGAAGGGGUGGGGAAUUAUGGACGAAGUUUCUCGCCCUGCUCAGAAGCCAAGGGUGUAUCUACGAUGGGUUUCCCAUCAAGUGCGAGAGGCACCCCAGCCGACAGCGUGUACUAGCCUCACCAUCGGACUUCGAAGUGCAUUGUCCUGACGGGGGCUGCGCCGAGCCUUGCGGUACGAUGCUCAAUUGCGGUCACCACGUGUGUCCUUCAAAGUGUCAUCAGUUGCAUGAUCACUCGAAGAUGGCCUGUGGUCAUCUCAUGUAUGACAAAUGUCCCGCUGAUCGGCAUACCCUUCAGUGGAAGUGCAGUGAGGGCCAGCCAACGAGCUGCCGUCGAUGCGACAAGGAAAAGAAGAACUCAGAGACACAGGCAAGGGACGACUAUGACAGACAGCAAAAGCUUGAUGCAGAACGGCAGAAACACGACAAGGAGCUCGCCGGGAUUGAACGUCAGAUCAAGGCCGAGCAGGAUGCGCAGCGUGAAAGGUUGGCGGCAGAAAAGAGGGAGUGGGCGCAAAAGCAGAAGAAGAAAUACCUUGAGGACAUGCGUACUACUAAGCAGUAAA